AUGAGCGAUCUUUUGAUCAGGAGGCCGUCAAUUGCUAUUCAUUCUGUAUAAGUCAUAGAACUCAUCACAAAUCUAGCGGCACCCAAAAUGUUCUUCUACCUUAUUUACACCCUUGUUCUAUUGAACGCAUUCACAAGUAAAGCGGAACCGUGCGUGGACAAAGCGGCGGAGACGAAAGCAGGAGAAAGGUUUUGUGUAUACAUGCAAACACCUCUACCAAACGACAACGAGCCUCCAUGCAUAACCUCUAACUAUCACGCAAUUGCGAAGGAAUACUGUGCCAAGUCGUGUGGUCUUUGUGAAUGA